AUGGGCAGAAUAUCACAAUACGUGGAUAAGCGAUGGAAGAAAGUCCGCCAAGUCCGGACCCUCCGAACGACUUCAUACGACCACCAGAAACUUCGGCAAGGCCAGAUACGCCUCCUCACUACGAAAUGGAUAAAUGGGUCCAUUGAGAUAGAGAUCAACCGGUACACACUUACCGAAAACCUCGAUUACGAUGCGAUUUCGUAUGUCUGGGGAAGUGCGCCAGCCUCGGUCACAGUGAAAUGCAACGGCAGACCUCUCGUCGUCACAUCCACCGCACUUGAGAUGUUACAUUACCUACACCAAUACCAAACGAAUACGACAACUCGGAAGAUCUGGAUCGACGCUAUAUGCAUCAAUCAGGAAGAUGAGGAAGAGAAGGAUACUCAGAUACCACUAAUGCGCGAAAUAUAUUCCAGAGCGAGGGCUGUUGUUGUAUGGAUGGGCCUUUCAACUCCGGAAACUGACGUCUUCUUCGCCGAAUUCCAAGAUGUGAGGGUUAAAUUACAGACGUGGAAAGCAAAGCAUGAUAUAGAUCCUGACUGCGUUCACCCAGACGAGGAAGAGCGUCCUCGUCGCGGAGUCGCAUUUUGGGGAGGAAUGAGUCAGCUCCUUGAAAACGAGUGGUUCAGGCGUCUAUGGACAUUCCAGGAGAUCAUUCUUCCGAGUACCGCAACGUUACUUAGUGGUGAUCUUUGGGUGGACUUCGAUGAGUUUGAAGACUUUCUCAUGGACGGAUGGUACAACAGCACCUAUUUCUUAAGAGCAUCAACGACCGCAUUCGGUGUAAACGAUAUACUAGCGUUGCGUACCUGCGCAUCCAUAAAAUUCUAUCGAGACUGGAAUGAUGGAAACAGAGGCGCCAAGGAGAUACAUGCCCAUAACGUUGGAAUGGAAUUUCACAGUCUACGUGAGCGACAUGUGAAAGAGCCUAUCGAUCGUGUUUGGGCGAUAGUAGGACUUUUGAAAAGAGAUCUUAGAGAUAGGCUAAGCUCACAAGUUGACUACAGUGCUAAAGGUCGGGAUGAAUAUUGGAAGACGUGGAUCAUGUUUGCCAAACUUCUGAUGAACGAGUAUUGUGGGAUGAGUCUACUUGACAUGCCGCCUACUCGGGAACCUAAACCUCCCCACUUGCCAUCCUGGUGCCCAAAUCUAUCUGGAAGAUCAGCUUGCAGGAUGAAAAUUUGUGGCACGUGGAAUAUUCAGAUCCGCGAACAGAAUCCAUACAUCCGUUGGGCUUUUUUGGAAGAGAAUAGUGAAGAAAAGUCACUAGCAAGACGGGAAGCGAUCUCUGACCAUGAAAGAAAGCUCGUAAGUACUGUGGUGUAUGACAACGUGCUUCGUGUCCGUGGUUUUGUGGUGGAUAUAAUUGAAGAGAUUGUGGAACAUAAAAACCCUCUUGACAAGGCGUUCGAACGCUACGAUCCGGAUUCGGAGGAGCACAUGGCUCUAUACGAUGUUGCUGUCGAUUGCCAUCUGAGAAGUCUCGACCUAGCUCGCUAUGUCUUCCACGGGAAGAGCGAAGGCAUUGCCGAUAUCCCAGAGGAUUUCAUUAUGUCAUUCUUCUUGGACUGGCGAAUAAACGAAAGAGCCAAGGAAACAUACCGCGAGGUUCUGCAUGAGUUAGCGACUUGGUACUCCCAUCCAUCUGGUUGGUAUAUUACUGGUUGUAGUUGGGAACAUGCGCAGUGCUAUGCUCAGUUUGAGUUGAUUCGCGGACAUACCUUUUUCAGCACAAAAGGCGGACGGGUUGGAUACGCCUACCCGGGAUGUCGACCAGGAGACCAAAUCGCUGUGUUCCAUGGUGAAGAACCACUGUAUGUCCUUCGAAAUGUAGAUACCAAGAGCGAUGAAGAUGAUGCGACUGGAGGGGCAUCCGACCACGUUCAGCACCUGGGCGCGGCAUUCAUUCCUCACCUCAUGGAGCAACAACAAAGAGAUGCUGCACACAUCGGACCGGACACCACGUUCUUCAUUCAUUGA